CCUCUCGCGAGGCCGCCGCCGCCGCCGCCCCGCCCGCCUCACGUCACCGGCGGAGCAGACGGGGACAACAUGGCGGAGCGGCGGAGGCACAGGAAGCGGAUUCAGGAGGUUGGUGAGCCAUUCAAAGAGGAGAAGGCUGUUGCUAAAUACUUACGUUUCAACUGUCCAACAAAAUCCACCAACAUGAUGGGCCACCGAGUUGAUUAUUUUAUUGCCUCAAAAGCUGUGGAUUGCCUCCUGGAUUCUAAAUGGGCAAAGGCAAAGAAAGGAGAAGAGGCUUUAUUUACAACCCGAGAGUCUGUAGUUGAUUAUUGCAACAGACUCCUGAAAAAACAGUUCUUUCAUCGAGCAUUAAAAGUGAUGAAAAUGAAACCUGACAAGGAUGCAAAGAAAGAAAAGGAAAAAGGAAAGGCUGAGAGUGGGAAAGAAGAGGAGAAAAAGAGCAAGAAGGAAAGUGGCAAAGAGGAAAAAACUAAGAAGGAGAAAGAAAAGGAAAAGAAAAAGGAUGGUGAAAAAGAGGAGUGUAAGAAGGAUGAGACCCCAGGAACACCCAAGAAAAAGGAAACUAAGAGGAAAUUUAAACUUGAGCCACACGAAGACCAAGUUUUCUUGGAUGGAAAUGAGGUGUACGUGUGGAUCUAUGACCCUGUUCACUUUAAAACUUUUGCCAUGGGACUUGUACUUGUGAUUGCUGUUAUAGCUGCAACUCUGUUCCCGCUCUGGCCAGCAGAAAUGCGUGUUGGUGUUUAUUACCUCAGUGUAGGCGCAGGAUGUUUUGUCGCCAGUAUUCUUCUUCUUGCCGUUGCUCGCUGCAUCCUUUUCCUUAUCAUCUGGCUCAUCACUGGAGGAAGGCAUCACUUCUGGUUCCUGCCAAAUCUUACAGCAGACGUGGGAUUCAUUGACUCCUUCAGGCCCCUGUACACACACGAAUACAAAGGACCAAAAGCAGACUUAAAGAAAGAGGAAAAAUCAGAAUCCAAAAAGCAGCAAAAACACGACAGUGAGGAGAAAUCAGAUAGUGAGAAGAAGGAAGAAGACGAUGGGAAAACAGAAGCAACGAGGAACUCGGGAACAGACGGCUCAGGAGGAGAGCGACAUUCAGACACUGACAGUGACAGGCGUGAAGACGACAGGUCCCAGCACAGUAGUGGAAAUGGAAACGACUUUGAAAUGAUCACAAAAGAGGAACUGGAACAGCAAACAGAUGAAGGGGAUUGUGAAGAGGAAGAGGAGGAGGAUACCGAAAGUAGGCCUUCACAUGAAAAAUCAUAACUCACUGUGGUUUUGGGACUAAGUAUGUGCAAAUAGUUGGAUUUUCUUUGUUGGCUGAUCACCAAAACAUAGACCCUACCGUAGCAUCUUUGUUUGCUGAAAUAUACAUGUUACCAAACAGUUUUAUAUCUAGUUCCUUCAUUUUUUUUAACCAUUAACUUGAUUACUUGGUACUAUGUUAAUCAUUAAUAUCCAUUGACAGAAGUUUUAUCAAUCUGACAAGUUUUCUAUUGAUUGAUAGAUUGCCCAGAUCGUCCUCAAACAUACUGAAAAACAUAGUUUUCUGGUACUUGCAUAACUGGUCAAUUAGUUUAGCUUCUCAAACUUGCUUUUGUAAAACAGGUAAAAGUUGAAUGACCAAAUCUCAGAUUAUUCCUAGUUAUGCUCAUUUGAUAGCUAGUUAGGUAAAGCCCUUCUUAGCCCACAGCUUUCUUGGUAUUUUUCUUGAUUGUAUUUUCAAGAUUGUGAAAACUUUCCUAAGAAAACUAGUUUUAGCAGAAGUAUUUUGCUGAAAAUAUAAAAAGCUGGUAGCGCUGAAUUUGGCUGCAGUGUUCUCUGUUUCUCCAGACUGUGUGCCAGCAACUGAGGAAAUCCAAACUGGUUUUGUACAUCUGGUUCGGAGAAAGAUGUCAUCUCCGGCAGGUGAAGGAAGCAGCACGGUUUGGGAAUUAUGGCUGUUUUCUUUCUCCUGCUCCGUCAUAAUUAAAAAAAAAAAUGUAUUCUGUACAUAAUUUACAAAUAAAGCAAACCAUUUACUUUAACUGCUACUUAUUAUUUAGAGAUUUGAUCCAGCAUUCAGUUUGUAUUAUUAAAGCCAUUUUGUGGUGUAUCUAUCAGAGAAGUGCAAGUCAAGAGGACCUCACAGAAUAUUUGUGUAUGAUUGGUAGCUGUUCCACAAGAGCUUUAGUUCUGUGCCAACAUUCCAUGUAUUUGAGUAUGAGUAAAUUGAUCUUUAUUAAAUGAAAGCAAACAA